AAAUAAAUAUCGUCUUUAAUUAUUUCUCUCUCUCUCUCUCUCUCUCUACCCCUCUCUAUAUAUUUUAAUUUUUGUUUUUUUCAAACAUGAAAUUAGUGAAUGAAGGUGUAGCGACCCAGCCAACCGUCACAGUCUUCAAAUUAAGCCGCCCAUGCCUGACUUGUCCUUCUCCGCUACUUCUCUCUCCUCGUAUGGCCGAAAUCAAUAACAAAACCCAUCAUCAAUCCUCCAAAUCCAGAACCACUCCUUACUUUCUCCGCUGCUUCGGAUUUUCCAGGAAAGUUCCGAAUAAGAAAAUUAGGUCCUUCUCGGUAACCGUCCGAUCUGAGGAUGCCAAGAAAAAGAAAAAGACGUGGUGGUUUUCUUGGUCAAGGUUGCACCUCAAAAACUCCACCAUCAAAACUGUUCCCGUUGACACCACCACCGCCGUGUCUGAGAAACCGAUAACCGUCUUGCCGCCGGACAGCAAGGUUCAACCGUCGAAGUCAAAGUCAAAGUCAAAGAAGGACAAGCUGAUUACCUUGAAACCAAAAGUUCCGACCAAUCAAUAUAGUCAGCCGCCAAGCGAGAUUGAGGUUGUGGUCGCUGCAAACCCAGAUCAAGCCCCGAAUAUUGAAAAACCUCUCCAGAUUAGGUACAGUCCUGCGGGUAAACAUUCAUGUCUUCGUCGUCUAAAUUCAUCCAACGACGACGACGACAACAACACCACGGGUCAAAAGAGGCUAUCAUUCGGUCGGAAAAUCGAAGCUCUAAGAACUGGUUUCCAAAAAACUAGAUCACCAGAGGUCAACAACUCGCCCAGGUCUAGUCCUUCUCCUCCGAAAUGGACCAGCGUAAAGGGUGUUGGGACUCUGUCGACGAAGAAGAUUAAGUCCGACCCGCGGAAAAAUGUGGGACCAACUAUAAAAUAUGACUCGGUGGUGGGCAUGUCGGUAAUUAUGGUUACCUUGGUAAUACUGUUCUUAUGGGGUAGACUCUGUGCCAUUCUUUGUACGUCUGCAUGGUUUUAUUUCGUUCCACGAUUUCGUUCGGUAAUGGCAAACGACAACCGCGUUUUUGUCGAGACAACUCCGACGACGAAGAAGAAUCCAGAAACCGUGGAUUUUAAUUCCGGUGAAUACAAGAAGAAGGUUGUCUUAGAGGGCUUUCUUGAGAGGACUCGCAGGAGCCCAUCAUGAUUAAUUUUUGUUUUCUCCCAGUUAGCUGCCAUUUCGAGGAAAAAAAAAAAAAAAAGGGUGAAGAGUGCACGUUAGUCGCUGCUUUCCUUGUUUUGCUAAAGUGAGCAGGUUGGUAUUUCGUGUAAAUUAGUUAUAAAAACAUGUCCAAAUUGUGAAGAAUGAAAGAAAGGAAAAAAAGUCGAAACCUUCUAGAAGUUGUAUAUAUUUAUUUAUUUAUUUUAAUUUUUGAAAAUUUGUAAUUUCUAUCGAGUUCCAUUGUUUCAA